GCUGGUCUGUCUUCUUCUUUUCUUCAGUUGGUUUUUUUGCUUCAGUUUUGAUGCAGUGUUUUCCUUUCUUUCCUUCUAAAAUGGAGGCCCCGCUCUCUCUCUCUCUCUCUCUCUCUCUCUCUCUCCAUUUUUAAAACUGCGAUUUGCAUUAGCUUGUUAAACUGGGAAUAUUCAAUUUCAUAUUGGGCUUGAGCUCUUUGUCAAGAACAGGAAGGUCUUUAUCUUUUCAUCAAACUUUAGGGAGUGGCUGCUUUGUUGUUCCAUCUAUAGCCUCAACUGCAGUAACCCUUGAUCCAAGCAUGGGGCAGGUCUUUGACAAAUUCCAAGGUAAGCAGUGGAGGCACAGGCAAGUGAAAGUAAUCACAGAUAAGGUUUUUGAUCAUUUCAAAAAUCAAUUUGGAACAGCUAAUUUGACAUUUGAGGAUCUAUAUAUUGCUGUACUACUUAUUUACAAUGAUAUAAAUAAGCAUUUGCCUGGGCCCCAUUUUGAUCCCCCCUCCAAGGAGCAAGUUCGAACUACGAUGCAGACCUGUGAUUUCAAUCUUGAUGGUGAACUUGAUCGUGAAGAAUUUGUGAAGUUCAUUCAGUAUUUGACAGCUGAUGCACUCGUUGUUGUUAGUCGGGGACUCAUCCUCACUUUGAUUGUAGCGCCAACAGUUGCGGUAGCAACAAAGAAAGCGACGGAGGGUAUCCCUGGAGUCGGGAAGGUGGUGCAAAGGUUGCCCAAUUCAAUUUAUGCGUCACUCAUAACCCUUGCAGCUUUGAUGUUCGAAAGAUCAGCCCAUGAAUUUGAGUAGACCCUUUAUCCUGCUAGUUUAACUUCACUAAAUUUUAAGUUUGCGUGCACUUAUGCUUGUAGCAUAUAAUUUAUGACAAAAUUAAAGGAACAGCACAAUAUCUAUUUAAAACUAUUAGUUUUAUGUUGCUGUUCAAUGUCGUUCUUUUGUAAUCACCUGUUGCUUUGAUAGUCAUAAAAUAGAAGAAAGCUUGGAGGCUCA